UAUCUUUGCAUAGAUAUGUGCACUAUCACCCCAACAGAGAAAAAUACAAAUAUUUCAGAUUACAUCUUGUCCUUUAAGACAAACGUAUAGACACAGACAUCCAGUUAUAAGUUUUUUGUUUUAAUGCUUGAGGGGUAACUUUCUUGGAGGAUAUUAAACCAGCAUCCCUUUAUUUGGUGUUUCAUGUUCACGUGAGCAUCUUAGAGACACUGAAUUGUUAUAAUGUCAUGAUGAGAGAUAGAUGUAUCAAAAAUUUGAAACAAAGAAGCAGAAUCCUGUGGACAAAGAAAAAAGAAAGAGGCCUAUUAUCUCAUACACAGUCAUCUUUAAUUAUUAAUGUUAACAGUAAUGAUAGUUAUAAUUUACAGAGUAACCUAUAUAUCAAGAUUUUAUAUAUAUUACUUAAUAUUUAUAAUUAACCUGUAAGAUUGAUAUUAUUUAUUCUACUACCAGAUGAGGAAAUCAAGACUGAGAGUUUAAGUAGACUGCCAAGGUUUAUUCCUAGAAUAUGAAAUGAACAGAAUUUAAAUAAAGUCUGUCUGCUUCCAGAACUAGUAUUUAUACCACUACAUUUUGAAACAUCCACUUUGUUCCAUUUUAGAAACAUGUAGCAUCCAUGAUUAUAUGUUAGCUUGCAAUUAUAAAGUUUAAUGAGAUAUGGUGCUUUUUCUUAAAACAAACCAUUAAGACGCUGAAAAAUUUCUACAAUAAGAUAAACCAGAAAAUUAUGGGUAAACAAAAUAAAAUAAAGUGCUCCUAAUAUAAUCAGUAUUGACUCAACACAGUCAAUGAGUCCUUUUGAGGGGCAAGAGACAGUGGACUCUGAUUUUGAAGGAUCAGUUCAGACAAAAGAAGAGUAAAACAGAAUACACAAAAAGCAUAUGUAAAAUAGAAUGGUGUACUCAUAUAACUUCAAGAAUGUUGGAAUAAUUAAAGAAAAACAUACACAUAGGAGAUGUUAGCUGUGUGAUAAAAGUAAUACACACAAAAAAUAAACUUUGACAAAGUUUUAUGCCUGUCUUAAAAAGUAUGAUUCUAUUCCAUGCAUUAAUUUUGGUGAAGGAUUAACUAUAGAAGUGCCAUGAAAGCAUCUACAUUUUGGGAAAAACUCUUUGACUUUAGAGUUGAGAGUGGAUUUAUAGGGGGGUUUAUAGCAAAGGCAGAGAGUUGUGAUGAGCAAUCCAGGUGAGGGCAGUUGGGAGGGUGAACUCAGGCAGUGAAACGGGGAGUUGAGAGAAAGGAGUGAAUAUAAGAAAGAUUAAAAUUAAAGUCAUUACAAAUUAGUGAAUAGGUAAAAGGAAUGAGAAUUAAUGAGUAAGGAUGGCUUUGAAGUUUCUAGAUUGGGUUGGGUAGGUAGAUAGUGAUGUAAUUCACAAAAAUAUGGCCAAAAAGUAAGUACAGCAGAUUUGGGAAGGAUAUGUGAAUUAAUUUAGUGUUGAAUAUGUUGAGUGCAUGGUACAGAUAUUCAAGAAACAAAUGGAAAAAUGGAUUUAUGUUUCAGAAAGAUAUUUGACUUAAAAAUAUAGAUUUGGUAGAAAUUAAAGUAUACAAAUAUUUAAAACCAUGGGAAUAGAUGGACUCAAUUCAGAGAUGAUGUACAGAAUUGAGAAGAGAGGAGAGGUUGGAACCCUGAAAUUAACAACAUAAUGAGAUGGGGAAAAUGGUGGGACUGGGGCUCCAGGAGGAACAACUGUAGAGUGCUAUGUCAUGGAAACUGAGGGAGAUUAAUUUCAAAAAUAACAGAUUGAUAGUAUUCAGCAAUGGCAAGAGGUUAAUAAAGAGAAUCCUUUGAAGUUGCCAUUUCCAAAAUAUAAGUUAUUGAAUGGUGGAGUUUAAGCAUCUCUCCAAAAGCAGCAUAUGUUUACUCAUGUGUCUAAAUAAAACUAGACCUAUCCUAAUUCAGACAUGUGGAUGCCUCACCUGUAAAAAAAUGAUCCACCAGAAAAGGAGAUCUUUUUCCUUCUAUCUAACUUUAUUCCCUUGUUUGCAGUUUAAGUCUCUUUAUUCAUCUCAUGAAGAUGGUAGCCAGAUCUGGAAAAUGUGAUAACGUACCAGGAAUGGAAAAAUCAUGACUUUGUUUCUCUUUCCCUUUUUCGUCUCCAAAUAGUUUAUGAUGGCAUUUAUCAAUUCCAGCUGGAGGCUACUCCAACCUUCUUUCUUUCUGAUAGGUAUUCCAGGUUUAGAGGAAAGCCAGCACUGGAUAGCAUUGCCUCUGGGUGUCCUUUACCUCCUUGCUCUAGUGGGCAAUGUCACCAUUCUCUUCAUUAUCUGGACUGACCCAUCCUUGCACCAACCUAUGUACCUCUUCCUGGCCAUGCUAGCUGCCAUAGACCUGGUUCUGGCCUCUUCCACUGCUCCAAAAGCCUUUGCAGUGCUCCUGGUUCAUGCCCAUGAGAUUGGGUACAUUGUCUGCCUGGUCCAGAUGUUCUUCAUCCACGCAUUCUCCUCCAUGGAGUCAGGGGUACUUGUGGCCAUGGCCCUGGAUCGCUAUGUAGCCAUUUGUCACCCUCUGCACCAUUCCAUCGUCCUGCAUCCAGGGGUCAUCAGGUGCAUCGGAGUGGCAGUGCUGCUGCGGGGAUUGCUCCUUCUCCUCCCCUUCCCCUUCCUCUUGCGAAGACUUACGUUCUGUCGGGCCCCUAUCAUAGGCCAUGCCUAUUGUGAACAUAUGGCUGUGGUGAAACUGGCCUGCUCAGCAACCACAGUGAACCGAGCUUAUGGGCUGGCUGUGGCACUGCUUGUGGUUGGGAUAGACAUCCUGGCCAUUGGCAUUUCCUAUGCCCACAUCCUGCAGGCAGUGCUGAAGGUACCAGGGGGCGAGGCCCGACUGAAGGCCUUUAGCACAUGCGGAUCGCAUGUUUGUGUCAUCCUAGUGUUUUAUGUCCCUGGAAUGUUCUCCUUCCUCACUCACCGCUUUGGCCACCAUGUACCCCAUCACAUCCAUGUUCUUCUGGCAACACUCUAUCUCCUUUUGCCACCUGCACUUAAUCCUCUUGUCUAUGGGGUGAAGACUCAACAGAUCCGCCAGAGAGUACUUAGGGUGUUCUACACAAAAGGAUUGAUCUGAACAUAUCCUAAUUAUUUUCUUCAGAGGUUCAUGCCAAGGACACUGCCAAUGGCUGGUCUAGAUUAUGUGGAUGGAGGCCAUUUCACAGUAAACAGUCCUUCUAGUGCAGGUCAUACCAGAGCCAAGAAUACCCACAGGCACUUGGCUCCAUAGAGUCCUGGGAUGUGCCUGGAUAGCUGGAUUUGAGACUGUUUUCUUCAUUCUUUCUUUUGCUCCCGAUCCCAUCAUUUCCCUGCUCCUUGUAUCAGAGGGACUUGGCAGUAGGAGAAAGAGAGGACAAUUCUAGCUAUGUCAUCAUUCCUCCUCUGCCCAGUGAUGGACCAGGCAACAUCAUCUGGAAUGAGAAGGGAAAGUCCUAACUUUUGCCUCAUUUUAGGUUAGAGUAUCUUCAAAACCUCUAAGUGGCUUCUGUGAGCUGCAGAUCACUGGGAUCCUGUGUCCCAAUGGUCUCUUCAAAGAAAUUGACACGGUCACAGUAUAUAUAACCACCUUUCAUUAUAAUAUGAUGUUACCUAUUUACUUAGAACAAACAUAAGUGGUGCAGUUACUGUAAUAGACCCUAGGAAUAAUAAGAUAUGAUCUGUUUUCUCAAGGAAGAAAUAUAUAUGUGUAUAGGAUUUCUUUUAAGAAGUGUCUGCUUGUAUUUUUUAAUUUAUUUAUAUUUUUGCUUAGGGUAAAGAAGACAUAAGACUAAGUAUUGAAUAUAUGUAUGUUUUAUAACUAUCGAUUUAACAAAACAAAAGUAACCUUAUAAUUAUUAGCAACUAAAAACCGUAAAAUGUACUCGAUUCUGAUGUUGGUAAAUGUAGCUGUAACAAAUGUAGAAGUAGUUAUGCCAGUUAGAAAUGAGUUUCUCUUUCUGAAAUAGUGCAUAUGAAGUGACAUCAAUUAGAUCUUGCCUUUCUGCUAAUAGGAACUGGGUAAAAACUUACAAGAAGACUGUCACAAUUAAUAUAGUGCAUCCUGUUUGUUGGAUUUUUCCUAAGAUCUGGCUUUCCUCUUUUG